AUGGAUCCGAUCAACCCCCCAACCAAGCCCUGUCACAACUGCCGGCGUCAGCGGCUCCGGUGUGACCGCUCAUACCCACACUGCAAUAAGUGUAUUGCUGCUGGUAAGGAUUGCCUUGGAUAUGGCAAGCUGUUUCGAUGGACGGGAGCUGUUGCCAGCCGCGGCAAGCUGGCUGGGAGGACGUCCAGUGCUCCCGUAGAGGCCGGUGGCAAGGCUGUAUCGCCAUGUCCAAAGGAGGAUGGCAAGAAGGCCGAUUUGGAUUUCUUUGCGCCAAGCACCUCCCCUACUGCUACCAGCAGUAACGUGGGAAGUCCCAGUGAUGGUUCCAUGCUGGGCUAUGGAGGAGAUAUGCAGCUGGUUACACGAUCACCAUCGCCAGAGAGUGUUGUUGGUAGCCCGUGGGUCUUGGCCGAUCCUCUAUAUCAAGAUAUGCAACAUUCACAUCGAUAUUAUCUAUCGUAUUUCACGGAACGUGUCUGUAAAGACCUCGUGUCGCAAGAUAUUCCUGAACGCAAUCCAUUCCGUGGAUUGCUUCCACUAACUAGAUCUCAUCCACUGCUGCAGCACAUUGUCGUCGCCGCAUCAGCGGCUCACAUGUCCAAUUUGGUUCGCGCUCCGUUAGCAUAUAGCGUAAAAAGUGCAGACGACAGCUUCACUUCGGGCAUUGAACAGGCGUCUCGACGAGCGCUCAAGGACGCAUUGGUCGCUAAGACCAAAGCGUUGACACUGAUGCGUGGCGCGGUGGAGAACAUCAAUACCACCGGGGGUGAUGUUGUGCUUGCUGCUGCUCUCUUCUUUAUCAACGUGGAGUUGAUUGAGUCCGGCAAGCAUGGCUGGAAAGCUCACCUGGAAGGAGCUGGCCGAAUCAUGUCGCUGCUACGACCUAAUAUGGUGGCAGAUUCUGCAUUGCGAGACUACAUGCUGUCUGAUUGCUUCAUCUAUUUCAUCCUGGCAUCUGCCUUCAUGCCCGCCAAAUCCUUUGAUACCCAGUCCUACUUUCAGCCGGAGCAGAUCCCUUCUAUCCUGCAGCGAGCAGCGGCCAAUAGCUACCUCUGCUGUCCACCUGAGAUUCUCAGCAUCCUACAUUCAGCGUCCCAAUUAUCCAACGUCCCUCCAGAAGUCGCAUCGGAGGACGAUGUUCGUGCAGCCGGCCUAGCCCUCGUUCAGCAAGCUCAAGCGUUUGAUAUCGACUCCUGGGCAAAUGAUGUCCGCAAUAUAUCCUACCUGCAAGACGCGCCUAUCGAGAGCAGAAAGCACGCCGCAUCAGCCCACCGCCUUGCAGCAUGUCUUUAUAUUUUGCAGGCAAUUCCAUCUUUGAGCAACAUGACAGAUCAUGACGAAGUGGCCGAGGCCCUGAGCCGGGACAUUUUUAAGCACUUGUCUCAUAUUCCUGACGACGACCCGAAUUUCAAGGCUACGACAUGGCCUACUUUUAUCGUUGGAGCCGAGGCUAGUGGUCGUGCAAGAAGAGAAUGGGUCAUGGAUAGACUACAGCGACUCGUGCGGUCUUGCCCUUGGGGCUUUUUAUAUACGGCCAUGGAGACGCUGCAAGUUGUCUGGAACCUGGAUAAUAAUGGAAAAGGCACGAAGAGCUGGGUUCAGACGUUGAAGGAUCCUGAAAUGAAUUUUCUCAUCGUGUGA